AUGCAUGUAAAGAUAGCAUUAAUAAAAAUAGUUCAGUAUAUAAAAUCCGUCUAUAAUACAAUCUUAUUAUAUUUAAGUGUUAUAUCAACAUUAAUGACACCAGGAACAGUAAUAUGGAAAUUAUUUGGAAAUCGAAAAGGCAAAGUUUGUUUAUUAAAUCGUGAUUUAAUAUGUGAUAGUAAAACAUUGAUGAAUCUUCCGAAAUGUGGUAAACCAUUAGAUGGAUAUACAAAUGCAUUAUAUCCAUUUCUUCCAACAUUUCUUCUUGAUAAUAAUCAAUAUUGGAUUGACCGACGUGAUGUAUUUUCAUAUGGAAAUAAUUUAAUUAAUAAACGAAUAUUUGAUAUCUCAUUUGAUUUUGAAUUAAAAAGUAAACAAGGAAAUAUUCUUUGGGAUAUUUUCGAAAUCAUAUCCAAAUAUUCAUUUCAAUUAGUUUUUAAUCGAUUACCAACAGAUGAAGAAUUUAAUGAUAUUUAUUCUGGUUUAAUUGAUAUUAAUAAAAUAAUAAAAAGAAUAUCAUCAACACCAAAUAUUCCAAUACGAAAAAUAUUUUAUGAUCGAAUUUUAAAAUUAAUUAAAGAUAAUAAUGAAAAUUUUCUUUUUCAUAAUUGUGAAAACUUUUUUAAAAUGGACGAAAUUCAUCAAGUAUCAUCCGUAGCUGAAGAUUUUCUAACAACAAUGGCAGUUCAAUGUACAGAUCUUGUUUGUCAUAUGCUUAUUUUAUAUUCGGAAUAUCCGGAAGAUUUUGAAAAUAAUUUUGAAAAUUCUUUCAAUGAAACAUUAAGAUUAUAUCCAUUAACUGAUAUAUGGGUUAGAGAAUCAUCUAAUAAUGAAAAAGGUUGGAUUGCUUCAUUAGUACAAUUAAAUCGCAAUGGUUGGUCACAACCAAAUACAUUUAAUCCUCAACGAUGGGAUUCAACGAAUCAUCCACCACUUAUGUCAUGGGGUUUUGAUGUACGAAGAUGUCCAGCUCAAAAACUUGCAACAAAUAUUUCAAGACUAAUUUUCGAAAAUAUUAUUCAUAAAAAUCAAUUUUGGAUACAACCAGCUGCAAAUUUUCAACAUGAAAGAACAUUUCCAUAUGGUUGUCAAGUAUCACUUGGUUAUGGAGAUAAACCACAUGAUGUUAAAUUAUGGAAAUUUAAUAAUAAACUUAAAAUGCAAUUUCAAAGAUGGUUAUUUGAAAAAUUAAGAAUGAUUGAUCAAAAUGAAUUAAAUUAA